CGCACGGCAACGAUGGACGAGUUUGACGCGGUGGACACGAUCGAGCAACAAUUCAUCAUGGAAGGCUACGAAGAAGGCAUGCUGGAAGGACGAAGGUUGGGCUUUGAAGAAGGCAAAGACUUGGGAGAGGUCAAAGGGUAUGAAAUCGGCGCCGAAGUCGGUUUCUACUAUGGAUGCUACUUGCUGUGGCGAGAAAUGCUCAAGACGAAGACAGAGCAGCUCCCAACGAGAACGGAGAAGUCGAUCAUGGCGUUGGGGUCGUUGAUCGAGGUGUACAAAUUGGAGGUUUGUGCAACUCGCAUGCGAUGGAGUGUAUUCUGAAAAGGCACCAAACAGAACAGCUUGGACGAGAAGAUGCUGACGGACUUGCAACUGAUCCGGGCAAAGUUUAAAGUCGUCACGUCCCUCCUUGGCCAGAAACAUCUCGUUUUCAAUGAAACAACAGUGUUGGAGCACAAGAACAUGUCGUUCUAAACAUGGCCAAGAUCAAAGUCAACCCAUCCCUUCAAGAUCCCGAUUGCUUCGAUGUAGAUAUUUCAAUUUGCAACAUCAGCGCUCGACGGCUCGAUAGCGUCAUCGGCUAAUAUCCGUCGACGCGGCGUGGCUACCAUCACCAAGCCUCCUUGGUUGCGAGCAGGGCCAGCUUGUACCCGUCGGCGCCGAACCCUAGGACCAGUUAAGUGUGAUCACGAACAAGGCGAUAGAAUUAUUACCAGUUAGCUGACGAACAUGAGCGCCUGGAGUUCCAACG